UGAUGUGAAUGUGGCAUCACUGACCACCGACCGCCACCCAGCCACGAAAAAAUACAUGCGAACGAUGAAGCCAGACAUCAAGCAUUACUUUGAUGUGUGGCACGUCGCGAAGGGUGUUAAGAAGAAACUUGUAGCAGCAAGUAACAGUGCAGCCACAAGGGACCUGAAAUUGUGGAUCCCCGCAGCAGUGAAUCACAUGUACUGGUGUGCAGCUGUAAGUGGAGGCAAUGCUGGCUUGCUCUUAGAAAUGUGGAGAAGCUCAGUAAACCACGUAGUGGAUGUGCACGAGGGCCAUGCACCGAACUACCCUCGCUGCCUUCACCAGCCCAACCAAGAAUCUGCAUGGCUCAAACGUGAUUCUCCAGCACAUGUGAAAUUCAAGGCUGUUGUGACUGCUCCGCUGCUCAUGAAAGACAUUGGGCAACUGUCCCCUACAACACAAACAUACGGGCUGGAGUCCUACCACAGCGUGCUGAAUACCUUUGCAUCAAAGUCUGUGGCUUUUUCUCCUGAAGGAAUGUAUGAAAGAACUUGUCUUGCGGUGCUACAUUUCAAUGAAAAUUCCUGUCGCAAGCAAGCAAGAACUCUAACCGAUGAAGAGAGGUGGAAACUGAAAGUGCCAAAAGGGAGAGGAGGGCAUGUUGUUGCCUGCUCUGUGAAAGAAGAUGCAACAUUCCGCUACGUUGAUGUCCUUUUUGAAAAAACGCUGCAGAGAUGUUCAUCACUGCCAUCAUUCAAGAAAGCGCUGGAGGACACAACCCCAAUUGCAACCCGCCCAAUGAGUGACUCCCACCCACGUCAGCCAAGGGAAGCCAUCAUUGAGGCCCACAAAAGCCGUUUUCUGCACCACUCAGAGCCAGCAUCCAGUCAAUGAAGGCAAUCCAAUCUGUGCACUGAGAAAAGUAUGCAUGAUUAUGAAAUGAGAUACGCAUGUUUAGGAGAAUUA